AUGGAUGAUGAGUUUGAUUCACCUGUGGAUGAGGACUUCCUCAACCUGUUACAUGGCAACACUGAUGUUGUUGUUACUUCAAUGACUGCUGCUGCUGCAUCAACUCCAACAAAGACUCAACCAACAACUCAACAAACACCUACAUCAACUACUACGACAGCAUCAACAAUGAAAGUGACAGCGACAUCGACAUCGACAUCGACAUCGACACCGAAAGCAACACCAUCACCUUUGUCAUCCUCAACAUCAGACCUUUCACCAACAACGACUACUAAAACGACUACAUUGACGACACCAAUAACUCAACGACAAUUAUCUGCACCGCUACUCAAAUCAAGCACAUCAAUCACAAACAUCGUCAACAACAUCAGUAGUAAUACAUUGAGCAAUGGUGACAUCUUGCAAAGAGUAUCACCUCCAAGAACAAAUACACAGCUUAGUCCCAGCCCUGGCUCUGGACCUGGCUCAAAUGAGACAAGUCCAUUAUCUUUGAAACUCAAUACUACAACAUCGACACCUGUCUCCUUAGCUACGCCACCAUCAAUAACGACAUCAUCUUUACAAAAGCUCAAACUGAGCCCUCCUCUCACUUUGAAAUCGACUCCAACUCUAACUCCAACCCUUACACCGACCCUAAAUCCAACGACAACAACGACAACAACUACACUGACACCAGGCACAACUAAGCUUGGUCUAAGGUCACUACUUUCAAAGCUUGUACCAAAUCCAUUGGCAACACUCAAGCUCACUCCAACUUUAAAGACCGACUGGACAAAGACAAGCUCUCCACCGGUGGCAAAGCCUCCGCCCACUGUCAAACCAAUAAGGGAGUACCAUCACUGGGGCGAUCCACAAGUAUUGUCGACAAGAGCAAUGUAUAAAGAACAUCAGAUCAACAAUCUAUUGGCGACAUAUGGCAUUGCUGCACCAGACACUGAAGAAUGGAGUGCAUCUAGAAAGAACCAAGAUGGUCACAACAUUGCCGACGACUCAUCAGCACCAUCAUACCCACAGAAGAAACCAAGGGUAGACAAUGGAGAUCAAGAUGGAUCAUCAUUGGACUACGAUGAUGACUCGCUCCUCGAGUACUCACAGCCACAAUCAUCUGCAAAGGCCAACAUCAAGUUGCAGCAAUAUUACCACCCACCAGCAUCACAAUCUCAAUCACAAUCCUCUGACGUGGACCAGUCGUCACUCUCUGCUGCUGGAUCACUGGACAGCAGCGCAAGCAUGGGCGCAGGCAGCCAUCCCAGCUCACUGGACCUCGAUGGCUUUGUAACAAAGCACGUUACACCAUCAAAGACAUCGGCCAGCGCGCCACCCACGCUGACGCCCAAGAAGAAGGCGUCGCCAAAGAAGCAGGUCAAGAAGCCACAGGCGCAACCGAAAUUCAAGAAGGUCACGCCAACCAAGGCAAAGAGCAACUACACUUACGAGACAGUCACAUUGCAUGCUGAUGACGUUCCAGAUGACGCGGAUGAUGUUAGCAGUGAUCAACUACCCGCAGCCUACAACUCAUUCACACAUCACAAGAUCCAAACCAAGAAGUUCUCCUCACCACCUGGCUACACCGAGCUAGACGUCCCCACUCUCAACGCAUUCAUCACCAACCACUCCAGUAACAACAGCAUCUUCGCCAUCACAAUCGGUGUACUAUUCGACAAUGACAACACCAACUUUAGGACUCACAUCAUCAAGAAGAAGAAGUCUGAUGAGGGUAUGGACGACACCUCACAUAGAGAACCAAUUGGAGUUGGUCUCUGGAUUGCGAUCAGCAAGGACUUGUUGAGUCAACAGACAGAGUAUGAAGUGCACAAGUACUACCUGUCACUGGUCAGCAGCUCAAGCACAUUCACACAGACCGCUCAAGACAAGUUGGACUAUAUCAUCAAACUUCUUCAAGAUGAUGGCAUCAAGAAGAUCUCAUACAACUGCCAAGAGUCAUUGAAACCAUUCCUCCAAAGGGAUCAGUGGCUGUGUCCACAUAAUCUUUGGGACCCGAGGAUAGCAUGCUGGGUGUUCGAUCCAGAGACGACAGAGAUGGGCGACUAUCAUUUGAGCUACCUUUACAAUAUGUUUGUGGAGAAGGACAAUCAUAUCAAUUUGGACCUUACUCUCAAAGCUCUGAGCCAAGCUGAUGACCUCACUGCCAAUGCACCUGGCGAUUCAUACUUCUCAUUGUUUGGAAAUGACAUGAAGAAUGGAACAUUACUCAUGAUUAUGAUGGAGUACAACCUGAUCACCAACAACCUGUUUGCACCAUUCCUCCAAGAGAUGAAGGUCACUCCACUUCUUGCCAGUUUGUAUACUCACAAUGGCGAGUCGCUGAUUGAAUGCCUGACUGACCCCUCCCUCCCAACCCACGACUAUGUGGAGAACUUACAGGGCAAGGCAAAGGAGAAGUAUACAAAGGACAAGCCAUUGUCAAGUAGUGUGCAACUGCUUGAGAUACUGCGGACAACAUUCCAUCUCAAGGUUAAUGACACACAGAAGAAGACGCUGGUCGGUCAUUUGGAGAGAUCGAGGGAUGAGGAGAUGAAGCUGCUCAUAAUGGACGUUUUGGAGUAUCGACAUUGCAACAAGAUAUUGAGUACCUACGUCACGCCAUUCCUCAAACUCUGCGAAGGCAGUACCAACAGCUUCAUCCGCUGCACCUGGAUACACACGGGUACAGCCACAGGACGUCUGUCAUCCAAGUCACCUAACCUUCAAAACAUACCCAGGGACGCACUCAAUAUCAACUUGUUGGAUCAGGACGAUCCUGAGCUCGAUGACUUGAUCGAUGUCGCCGACGACGCGACCAACAACAACAACCAUUUAUCACUCAACAUUCGAGAUUGCUUUGUGUCGCGCACUGGAUACACAUUGCUCGGUUUGGAUUACAGCCAGAUUGAACUGCGCAUCAUGGCUCACUACUCUGGCGAUAAGAUCCUGCAGGACUUUUUCGAGAGAGAUGUCGACGUGUUCAAAUACAUGGCAUCACAUUGGAAGUCGAAGCAAGCCAGUGAAGUGACAUCCGUGGAGCGAGAACAAACCAAGCGCAUAGUAUACGGCAUCAUGUACGGCAUUGGUGCACGAUCACUCAGUCAAAUACUCAAGGUUAGCGAGGAACAGGCAAGGGUCUACAAACAAUCAUUCCUUGGAAAGUUUGACUGCAUCAACAAGUUCAUUGAGAAGGAGAUUGCCAACGCACAGAAGAACUUGUAUGUGAUGACGAUGGGUGGACGAAGGAGACUGCUGCCAAAUAUUCUGGAUGAUUUGGCUGGACACCGCGCCAGACGACAGGCGGUCAACUCGAUCAUCCAGGGCAGUGCAGCCGAUGUGAUCAAAGAGGCAAUGAUCAAGAUCAACAGCUACUUGUACUCACUGUCCACACAGUAUCCGGCACCAUUGAACGAUCCUCGUCUACUGCUCCAGAUUCACGAUGAACUGAUCUAUGAGAUCCCAGACACGAUGAUCAAAGACAAUCCGGCCAUAUGUCAAGAGAUUCGACUUAUAAUGUCCGAAGUGUACAAAGAUAGAAUCAACAUACCGAUUACAGUAACCAUGUCGAUUGGCAAGGCAUGGGGACAGAUGAAACCUUACCAAAACCCAACGCCAACUUCCACAACAACUACGACAACGACAACAACUUCAACAUGA